UCUUAUUUCGCUUUACUCUACUUUCUUCGUUUCUUCUUACGCACUUCAUUCUCGAAGACGAUACCCACCCUCGGUGAAUAUCGACGUUAAUUCAACCCUCCAUCCUCGAAUCGAUACCACCCUCCUCUCAACGACUUCUCGGAUUUUACUACAG